AUGCCAGGAAGACUAGAGCACCGAGUGGCGGUGAUCACGGGCGGAGGAAGCGGGAUCGGGAUGGAGUCGUCACUUUUGUUCGCCUCGGAAGGCUGUCAGGUGAUCGUUGCCGACAUCGACGUUCUCGCGGCCGCCCGAACCGUCGCUAGGAUCCUGGUCGCCUCCGCGGACAAGUGUCCGGCGCCUAUGGCCUUCCAAUGCGAUGUGGGCAAGGAGGAGGACGUGAAGGCGUUGGUGGAUAAAGCCGUCGAGGUCGGCGGCCGCUUGGACGUCAUUUUCAACAAUGCAGGGAUCAUGCACCCCGACGACUCGGAUGCCGUCCAGACGGAGGAGAAGAUCUGGGACCUCACGAUGCGUGUGAACUGCAAAGGGGUCUGGUGGGGCUGCAAGUACGGCAUCCAAGCGAUGCUGGCCAACCCGGUGGAUGAGGGCAAGGGCUUGAAGCGGGGCGGAAGCAUCAUCAACACGGCCAGCUUUGUGGCCAAGCUCGGCGCCGCGACUCCCCAACUCGCCUAUACCGCAAGCAAAGGCGCCGUGUUGGCGAUGACUAGGGAACUGGCCAUGGUCCACGCCCGAGACGGGAUCCGAGUGAAUGCGCUAUGUGCCGCCCACGUUGAAGAGCUGGUCCGAAUUUCCAAUAAAGUAGAGAUUGCGCAAGGCUGGAUCACGUAUCGAGACCUCCGUGACAUAGCAUGGUCCUCGACUCCCCAUAUACGGGCGGCCAUGUUCAAAGGAGAAGACCCGGACCGCGCGGAAGCGGGAUACCCUGAGGACGUUGAAGUGGCAAUCGAGAAAUUGUGUUCCAAUCUGAGGGAGUUGAUUCAUCCAGACUUAAAAACACCCAAGCCUCCCCAGAACACCCAACCCAAGCCUCCCCAGAACACCCAACCCAAGCCUCCCCAGAACACCCAACCCAAGCCUCCCCAGAACACCCAAAAUCUCCUGUAA